UGUCGAAAAGAUAAGGUUUUUCUGCUAGUAUAAAAUGUUUCGAUCAUUUCAUGCAUUUUAUGUUCCGGCGAUUUUAGUGAUUUUAAUAAUCAAAGGAAGAAUUGGUUUCUCAGGUAUACGCAGGUUUAAACAAGAGCAAAAUGAAAUUUCUUAAUGCAGUCAUAUUAUUAAUCAUACCUCUUGUUCACGGAAUGGCAAUUAGGCCGUAUCAAGUUGGUAUUAAUAAUGACCCAGACUUCGAAAAAUUCUUACGAGAAUCUAUCGAAAACUUUCGGGCUAUUAUGUCUAAAGGGCUUCCAGAAAUUGGCCUGCCAGUCCUAGACCCUUUGCAUGAAACUGAUAUCAACUUCAACUUCAAUGAAGAAAUGGCUGCUGUGAAUCUUAAACUCCUGGAAAUGAGGGUUGACGAAUUAUCCAAAUUCGCUAUUGAAAACAUUCAGGCUGAUACAGAUAUGUCUUUCCAUGUCGAAGUUCUCGUUUUCGGAAUACCCUCCUUUGGCGUCUAUAAUGUACAAGGAACCGUUGCAAAAAUAUUACCUUUGUGGGGAAAUGGAAAUUUCAGCAUUAAUGUGACAGAAAUCGACAUUGUUAUUGAAGGAAAGUUCAUUUCUGUAAACAACAAUUUACAGCUCAAAAAUCUGAAUCUGGAUCUAAGAUGGAACGACCUGGGUAUAACUCUGGACAACUUCCUAGGAGGAGGCGACUUCUCAAAAACCGUGCAGAAGAUGUUGCCAAAACUCACAAAGAAUGUUUUUGAAAUGUACAGAAAUGACAUUUUAAAUUACGUGGACUCAUUUCUGCUUGAGAAAAUAAACGAAAUACUUCGACUUCCUGGUAUUUUUGACACUACAAAAAAACAUCAUAAUAGUUAAAACAACAAGCCUCAUCAUGGCACAAAAGUUUAAGUAUGUAGUUUGGAGUCAUAUAAGCUUGUGCGAAUAUGACACAAUGAUACUGUAAUAUAUAUGUAAAUGCCUGCUUACUUUUUAGAAUCAAUUAAGUAUUACUUGAUGGGCAACCUAUCUGGUUCAUAAUAUAUAAGAGAGAUACAUUCUUUUCUCAGUAUAAACUAAGUGUUUCUUUUGAAAAUGUAGUUAUAGUUAAUGUGUCUCAACUAUGUGCUGAAUUCAGCAAUAUGUGUUCUGUAACAUAUUAUAUUAUGCAGCUGCUUAUGUGUGGUAAUAAAAUUUGGUUUU